CUUAUUGCGAGUCGGAAAGUUCAUUGUUUCUUAGUUAACUACUGUAAUAACAAGUCACGUACUAUACAAUUUUUGUAAGAAAAGUUAUUUUUACAAUCAGUCAAGAGAACGCCAAUAACGACAGUUCGCGACUACUUUUACAGUACUAGACAACAUAGAUAAGUAUAUUUUGCAAAAAUGGCGCAAAUCGGUAGCAAUUUAGGUAAUCAACUGGCUGAGCCUUGCAGCCCUAGCCGUGAGCGAAACCAUUCAUUCGUUCUUAUUUUUCCAUUGACACUCGUGUUCGACCUACUCUCCUUCCGCUAGGCUGUCGCUGUAAACAACACUAUAAGCAGAAUAGCAGACUCUGCCCCAGUAGAGAGAAAGACCACAGCCUCUUUCGUGGAUAUAUUUAACUAAUAUUUAGUUCCGAGAUAAUUAGUUAGUGAAAAAAUCUGGUAUAAAGGCAGUAUGGCUUGCACCGGUUAUUGUAAUGGACCCUCAGCUGAAUUCUUAUUCAAGGAAGCAACGCGUGGAGCCGCCUAGUCCGUAAGCGGAUUUUCUCAGUGUAGAGAAGUAAAAGAUUCGAAAUGGCAAGUGAACAGAUGGACACACCAAGUGCCAUGUCCCAGCAGUGUGGCAGUGUAAUAGAAUCGUCGGCUAAUACUGACAUUCCAUCUGUAGCAGGAACAUCUUUGUCGUCUCGAAAGAAACGGCCUCCGAUCCGUUUGUCUGCGGCGGAGCAGGUGCGAUUGACAUGGACGGCACGACAAACUGAACCGCCAAUAGAAACAUGUUCAGUGGACAUGCAACCCGAAACAGAAAUGGAAAUUGGUGCUACACCAGCAAAAUUAGAUAUAUUUGCCGGCCAAGAAAUACGUCUCACACCGAAAGCCCCAGUUCGGCGGAAAAAAAAAAGCGUCAAGGAAAUAAUACAAUCUCGUAUUUCUAAAGAGUACGCACUUUCAUUGCGCCUGAUUCCGUUUGAACCUUCACACAAGUCGCACUUUCAACUUGGAGAAAUAAUUUUAAGAGGUAGUAAACUCGAUGCACCAGGGCUAUGCACUAAUAUCGCCGGGGACGAUUCUGAUGGAAAUAUUACCGGUGCUAAGAAUGCAGGCAUUUAUUGGGCUUGUAAGAGCACAGAUGAAGGAAGCCCAAUGCACCUCUUUUGGAGGGAUCCUACUGCUGAUGAUGAGCUUGGCUUUCGUGAAGUGACUGCCAAUGUUCCAGCAUACGUGAUCUCCGCUCUAUCUUCCCGACACCGUUCUAUGUCCGGGGCAGCGCUACUAUGUCUUCGCGAGUGUUCGAGUCCAACCUCACUUUCUGUCACUGUAUUGUUGUCCGAACGUGCUCUUCGUAAUAUUGCAUAUCGCUACGAGGCGCCGACCAAACAACCAAACGUCAGCAUGCAAAUUAUAGUAAAAUUUUUCUUCGGAAUUGAUUAUACCGAAAUGGGUAAUCAGCUGGCUAUCCACCCCGAUUAUGAUCGCUUAUUAUACCAGGAAGUGCUGGAAACUCAAAGGGCUGCUGGCAUGCUUCCCAUCAGUGACGAUAAACUACAAUGCCCUCUCCAGGUGACUCUACGAGAAUAUCAGCGUGAAGCUGUAACAUGGAUGGUUGCGAUGGAGACAUGUCCACCGUCAGUAGGACCUGUUGAAUUAUGGCAACCGCUAAAGGAUUCACAAGGCCUUACUGUAUAUUAUAACAGAUUUUCUGGAUGGUUUGGCAGUCGAGUAUCUAGUAUUGGGAAUACCGAAGGCCGCCCCCCGGGUGGUAUUUUAGCCGAUGAAAUGGGUCUUGGUAAAACUCUUGAAGUAAUUUCAUGUGUUCUGGCUCAUCCGCGUCCUGGUUUUCCAGUGAUGGAAGACCAGCAGGGGAUUGUUUUGGUAGAGGACUCCAAGACACUGACUCAGUUCUCUUGUACUAUCUGCAGUAGGGUGAAUGAAGCAAAGUGCGCCGAAAACGUAUCGUCGAAGUGUCCGCAGUGUUGGGCAGCUGAAACUGCUGAAAAGCCUCGGCCUAUAAAAAGCACCCUUAUUGUCUGUCCAGCCACCAUUUGCGAGCAGUGGACCGAUGAGAUUAAUUGGCUAGUGGGUGGCGACUGUUCACUUCAAGUCUUCGUCUACGGAGGUGUAUCAAAACAUGGCUACAUUCCUCCUGAUCGCUUGGCUGAGUUUGACCUCAUUAUCACAACCUACGAAGUACUACGCAAGGAGAUUCAUCACGCAAACAUUGCUCUUGAGCCUCAAACGGAGACAUCUCGCUUUCGUACUCCGAAGCGCUAUCGCGCAUCACCUUCCCCAUUGGUAUCUGUCGAAUUCUGGCGAGUUGCCCUCGACGAAGCCCAAAUGGUUGAACAGUGCACGGUAAGCGCCGCGCAAAUGGUGCUCAGCAUACCAGCAGUGAACAGGUGGUGCGUCACAGGCACUCCGAUACAUCGCGGCUUAAACGACCUGUACGGUCUUUUUGUUUUCCUUCGACUGUCACCAUUUGACGAAGAACUGUGGUUUCGGACGUUAUUGGCUGAACCGUUUGCUCGAGGUAAUGCAUCGCCUUUGAUCAAUGUGCUGUCACGUUGUUUCCGUAGGAUGAGUAAAGCCGAAGUGUGGAAUCAGUUAGGUCUUCCUCCUCAACACAUUCAUGCGCACAAUCUAAACUUUAUGCCAGUCGAAGAAGUGUUCUACAAAUCGCAAGCAAGGGAGUGCGCCCAUCGAGCUUUCCGUGUUGCCGACCGUUUUCCUCAAGACGCUAUUAUUGAAAAGAUGCCUAGAUCGGACAUGAUUACACUUUUAGGCCCGUUAAAACGACUUCGACAAGCUUGCACUCAUCCUCAAGCAGUCCGAGGUGCUGUAAUUUCACUACGAAGUUCAACCUACUCGAUGAAUGACCUUUUAACGGCGUUAAUUAAAAAAACUGUGCAAGAAGCUGAGGAAUGUCAUCGACGUAUAAUUAUGUCUUUAAACGGCUUGGCUGGAAUCGCGCUAUUGAGGUUAGAUGUAACUUCAGCUGCUGAUUUUUACCGGCAGGUGUUAUGGUCGAUCCAGUCACACAAAGGUAACGUUCGAGCAGAUCCUCUGCAACAGUUUCAUACGUAUGUCAAUCUACAUAAAUUACUUGAGGACAACAACCAGCAGCUGGAAGUACAAAUGGCAAGAACCGCGCGCCCUGGCCUUGAUCGCUGGAAUCCACAAAGCGUCGCAGCAACCUCUAAUGGCUAUAUGGUGCAGGAUCUUGCUCAGGAGUGGGCCCCUCACCCACAAGUAGGUGUUUAUGGCACCCCAAGGGUACCAUCUAUACCUCGCGCACCUGGCGACGACAGUCUGAUGGAGCAAGCCUACCAGGUGCGUGACAAAUAUUUGAAGAAAUUUAUUGAGGCACAGAAAGCGCUGCAAGUGGAAGUCGAUGAUGCUGGACGAAAACUAAGUGAACUCUCGCGUCAAUAUCAAGGACUCAAACAUAAUCGGUGGUACCACAAGCUCAUUGAUGAAGCUGACUCUAGAGGAGAUGGGCAUCGACUUGUGAAAAAAGUUAGGGAAUACCUACUGGCUAGACAGACGCAGUUUGGAAUGUGUCUCAUCAAUCGUUUCAACGAUUGUAAUGGUUUGAAAUAUCUUAUCCAGAGCUGUCUUGACAUAUUGCUCGAAAGCAGGGCGAAUCUCCUGAAAGUGAUAUCACAGUUUGCUGCUGCUCCCACUCGGGAGGACAUGCAGUCGGCGAUCAUGUGUCACCUUCGGCCCGUAAAGAAAAAACGGGCCAAAUGCCGUUAUUGCCUAGCUAAAGAGAUGAUUACAGCGUACGAGGGUAAGCUAUUUUCGAUUGAUCCCCAGUUCACAUCCAAGGAUCAACUUGAGGAAGAAGAUAACGAGCUGUUAGAGGAUCUUGAGGACGAAUUUGAAAGCAAAAAAAAUGACCCGCUGGCAGACAGCGAUCUGACUAAAGGCUCGGGCGUACAAAAGAAAGGCCACUGGCUACCUGCUGACACUGAGAAGAUACUCACGUUCCUUGCCAGCUUCGCCAAAUCAUACACCACUUAUCCAGACGUGGCGCAUGAUGGAAGUGUUCAAUGCAAAUACAUGUGUGCGUUGCGUACUGAAUACGUUACAUUCAGCAAGUACUACGCAGGCACAACCAUUUACGUAGCAGCUCUAGACGAACUCGAAAUGGCCGCGCUACGAAUGGAACUUGCUCCCGAUGAUAAAACAUUCAAGAAAGGCGAGGAGAGACCAUCAUACAUUAUACGUCGAGCUGAAUUAGAACCGCAAGCAGCUCAGCUAAGCUCUACGAAGCUUACAAGCGAAAUUGAGCUACGAAAAAAACUCGGUCAGUUAUUCUAUCUCAGGAAUUUGGAAAAAGCAAAUAGUCUUGUGACUAACUCCAAUCCCGAGGAAUGUCCAACAUGUCGAGGCGUACUCGGAGAACGGUGGAGCGUUCUACACUGCGGUCAUUCCGUUUGCCUCGAAUGUAUUGAGCUUCUUCUCAAGAAUCACUGUCCACCCAACGUUAAUACCGAUCGGCAGAGCAGUGGGGAAUCGUGGAUCCGAGUUCCGUGUCCAAUGUGCAGAGAGCUUUCAAAUCAGGACGAAAUCUUCUACGUGGAUACCAACCGGCAGAAGAAUGCCGUCACAAAAGAUAUAAAGGUGGCUGGUAAUUACUCGACAAAAGUUGUGGGAGUUGUGGAAACCCUGCUACGCAUUCGCAUGGAAGAACCAACAGCCAAAGCGUUAGUGUUCUCGAAUUGGCCAUCGGUUCUCGUUGUUCUACAGAAGGCUCUAGUCGAGAAUGGCAUCUCCCAUGUGAUGCUUUUAUCAAAUGGGGCACUGCAACGUAAACUCAAGAUGUUUAAAAAGAAUCCCGACAUUACCGUGCUCCUCAUGCCCAUUGCUUUGGGAUCGAAAGGCCUCAAUCUGACGGAAGCGUCACAUAUUCUGCUGGUCGAGCCUAUGCUAAAUCUUGGCGAUGAAGUACAGGCCUUAGGCCGUAUUAAUCGAAUCGGGCAGAAGAAAGAGACACACGUUCAUCGAUUUAUGGUCAAGGCGACGAUCGAACAACGCAUCGUUGAAUUCACCAAAAGUAAACGAGCAGACAUAAACAUAGUGGAAAAUGAUAAAGACAAUGCGAACGCACAUGUUAAUCAGGAAGAGCAGGAGGGCAUAACGGUUCACCAGAUGACGGAUCUCUUUGCGGCUGAAUUUCAGAAUAAUUGAAAGACACCGAGCACAAGAACCAGAUCAAAUACCAAUUAAUUGAAAAAUUUCUACUAAUGAUUUUCAUAAGCUAUUCGUAUAACAAAUAUUUUAAAUGUAAUUAAACAAAUUACAAAAUUCUACAGUGCAUGAAUGGUAACUCCUUUUAGUGGCAAAUUGGGUAUUAAUUGCUCCACUGCUAGCUGCAGUGCAGUAGUUAAUAAGAAGCAUAUUAUACAUAUGUAUUUACUACCUUCAUCGCGCUCGUCAGGCACUGUAUAUAAUACCUAAUUAUACAUACACCUUUAAUGCAACAUUCUAUAAUAUCACGUUUCAUUGUGAUGUUCUGUCCAAUACAUAACAGUGGUUACGUUAUAUACGUCAGUUAGUACAUAUUGGUAGAGACCUUAAAGACUACAUAUUUGCGCAAUAUAAUUAUUGACGUAUGAACACUCAGUUGUGUUUGGUGUCGGUAAGAUUUGCCGUUAUCUUAAAUAAGGCUUUUUGAAGCUCGAAACUCUUGUGAACCUUCCUCUAUUAUAUAAAUUGUAUUUAUCCCUCAUGAUUAUAGCCCUGUCUACCUAUCGCUAAGCAGUGUACAUAAUAAUUACGGUGAUAAAUGGGGAGAAAAGUAAGAUAUGAUACGAAGUGUUCGUGCAAACAAUGCAUGUGAAUUUCUUCGAUAUUGUGUUACAUAUUUUUACUGAAUUGUCUUUAUGUUCAAAGAAUUUGUAGCAUAAGUAGUCUAAAAUUUGACAACAUGAUGUGACUUCAGUGGAACAUGGCUUAAAUGCAGAUUCAGCAAAUAUACGUCUUAUUUAUGUUGCCUUCCGGUGAAAAAAUGACAUGUAAAUAAAUGAAAAAUAAAUCAUAUCAGCCCACCGCAGGCAACAGGUGAA